AUGUUUGGGGCACGCUGCAUAUACGUAUCUCUUCGGCGUUGUUCCUCUGCCCCAUGCCCUAGGCAUGCUGCAACUGCCAAGCUCCUCCGUGUUCAGGAAGCGUUGGAAGUCCACAACCCAACCGAAAAUGACAUUAAAGUCCAGGGUUGGGUGCGGUCCGUACGGUCCCAGAAAGACAUCUUAUUUCUGCACGUCAACGACGGCUCCUCUUUGGAAAGUCUCCAAGUAGUUGCUGACCCCGGAUUGGAACCCAGGGAGCUGACUUUUGGAAGUUCUGUGGAAGUGCAAGGGAAGCUGACCAGAAGCCCUCACAAAAGGCAAAACGUGGAACUGGCAGCAAAAAGUAUUCGUCUUGUGGGGUCUUGCGAUGUGCUGACAUUCCCACUGAAGUACAAAACACGUCACCCCCUAGACUAUCUCCGGCAAUUCCCUCAUCUCCGAUGCAGAAGCAAUUCUUUGAGCGCACUCCUGAGGAUACGCAGCGAAGCAACGGCUGCAAUCCACUCUUUUUUCACGGAUAAUGGGUACCUGCAUGUGCAUACGCCAAUAAUUACCUCAAAUGACUGUGAAGGUGCCGGUGAGGUCUUUCAACUCAAGCGUGCAACUGAAGACGGGGAGCCUGGAGAAAACCCCCAUUUCUUCGAUGUUCCUGCCUUUCUAACCGUCUCGGGUCAACUCCAUUUGGAAGUGAUGACUGGGGCGUUCACCAAGGCGUUCACCUUUGGUCCUACGUUUCGUGCGGAAAAUUCUCAGAGCCGCAGACAUUUGGCGGAGUUUUACAUGGUGGAAGCGGAGCUGGCGUUCGUUGACAGGCUUCAAGAAAUCAUGCAGGUGAUGGAGGAUCUUUUCAAAAGAGCGACAGACGCGGUGCUGUCCAGAUGCCCUCAAGACGUCGGACUAUUUCAUCAGCGUGUAGCUCCCGGACAAGAGGGCAAGUUAGAACAGAUGCUGAAGAACCAAUUUAUAAUAAUGUCAUACACUGAAGCCGUAGAGAUCUUAAAGCGGUCUCCCCAUCUUUUCAGUUACAAACCAGAGUGGGGUCUAGAUCUCCAACGCGAACACGAGAAAUACUUGGUCGAGCACUGCGGUGGAAUCCCAGUGUUUGUGUUCAAUUAUCCGUAUGACCUCAAGCCGUUCUAUAUGCGAGACAAUGAAGAUGGACCCCAUCAUACGGUAUCCGCAGUUGAUCUUCUGGUACCAGGAAUUGGAGAACUUUGCGGAGGCAGCUUAAGAGAGGACCGUCUGGAUUUGCUGCUGUCCCGCCUACAGAGGAUGGGGCAAGAAGACACCUACCAAUGGUACCUCGAGCUGCGUCAGUUUGGGUCGACCCCCCACGGAGGCUUUGGAAUGGGGUUUGAACGCUACCUCCAGUGCAUCUUGGGAGUGGAGAACAUCAAAGACGUCGUUCCUUUCCCAAGGUUUCCUCACUCGUGCGUUUUGUAG